AUGCCAGCCUACAGACCAAGUAAUAGAUAUAAUAGAAAGAACUAUUUUACCUCUAAGCCAAAGGCAAAUAGGGGAAAACAAUAUAGAAAGUAUUAUCAUCAACAACCUUCCAAGGUAGUCUAUGUUGAAGAACCAGAUAGUGAACUUGAAAGUGAAGCAGAAAGUGAAGUGACUGACUACAGCGAAGAAGUUGAAGACAGUGACAUAGAAUCAGAAGUAUACGAAUUCGACUUGACUGAAAACCAACAACCUGAAUUUGAAUACUACGAAAGCAGUGAUUACGACACUGAUGAUUACAACGAUAUCAUAGAUUUAAAUGACGAGUUAGAAAAUGCAGCUGUUGAUAGAUUAGAUUCAAGAGGUAAAGUUUAUGAUUUAAAUGAUGAAUUAGUAAGAUACUACGACGAUUCUGAUUCUGAUUCUGAUUCUGAUUCUGAAUUGGAUUCUGAAUUAGAAGCCGAAUUGGAAUUAUAUGAGCCAGAAGACAUAUUGGAUAUUAUUGACUUAAAUGACCAAUUACAAGCCGAAGCUUUGAAACAAAUCACUGGUGGUGAAUAUGACGAAACUAAUAGUUCUUCCGAUAUAAGCUCGUCUGAAAGUGAUUCAGACGAUGACUCGGAUAUUGAUUCCGAUGACAGCGAUAGUGAAACUGAUCUUGAUAUUGAGUAUUCAUCUGAUGAAGAAGAUUUGAGUGAUCAAUUACAGCUUGAAAAUGUCAGACAAGUAUUUGCUGAUGAUUUAGUCAGUGAUGACGAAGUCUCAGUUCCAUCAGAAUCUGACUUAGAGUCAGAAACUGAAUAUAUAGAAGUCGAAUCUGACAUGGACUCUGGCUCUGAAGAUGAACAAGAAUAUGACAUUUGUGAUGAAUGUAAUGCUUUUGAUGAUGAAUCCUCAGACUCGUCUGAUGAUGAAGGUAUUACAAUUUAUAGACAUAGAUUUGACUUACCAGAUAGUUACGGUAGUGACUACGAAGUUGAAUCAGAUUAUUCUGAUGAAGAAAUCCCAGAACAACUUUUGUUACGUGCUGAUGACUCUGAUGACGAAAUUGCUAUGAUCGACUUAUCUGAAGAUUUACAAAAUAGUAAGGACUGUGAAUUAGUGGAUUUGGAUGAUCACACUUACAAAUUAAAUUUAAGAUUUCCAUCAAUCGUGAAAGACGAAUUGAAAAUAGAUUUUAUCAAAAACAAAAACGAAUUAGUUAUCAGUGGUAGAUUUAAUUUUGAUGCUGAUAGCGACGAUGAAGAACUUGAAGGAGAAAUUGAAGAAGAAGCUCAAGAUAUCGAAGGUGAACAGGAAGAAAACAAGGAAGUUGACCAUGCUGAGAGCCUGACAUCAUCCUCCUCAUCAUCAGACUCGUCAUCAUCGUCAUCGUCAUCGUCAUCAUCUGAUUCUGAAUCAUCUGAUUCUGAGUCAUCAAGUUCUUCUGAAUCUGAUGAUUCCGAUUCUGAGUCUGAUUCUGAGUCUGAAUUUUCUAGUUCCUAUUCCGAAGAAGUUCAAGAAGAUACUGAAUCUUUAAUUCAAGAUUUCGCUAAUCACGAAAUUAGAUUUGAAAAGCAUUUCCAGUUUGACAAAGUUAUAAAAUUCAACGAAAUCAAAGCUAAAUUUUUGAAAAACGGUGAAUUAGAAUUAAUAAUUCCUAACGAAAAUCAAGAAAAUAUUCUUUCAAUCGAUGUUGAAAGCGAAGACGAAAGUGUCACUGAUGAAAUAAUCGAAGAUCAAAAUCAAAUUGAAGCUUCAAACGCUAACGUGGAACUCGGUGCAGAAAAGGAUGAGCAAUAUGAAGAUGCUUCAAUGGAACAAUAA